AAUGAGUGGGACCGAGGUCCGCCCAAAACUCCGUUGCUCUGUGCCGUAUUGUAUAUAGGUGAGUAGAGUGUGACGUCGGGACUGACACUUGUUGACGGAGUUGAUAGUUUUCAAACUUUUAUCGUUCUGGUACCUGCAGCUAUACCUUUAAACGCUGAGUUGAAGCGGUGGUCGCACAAUGCCUUACUACAACAGUGGUCACAGCACAUCGACCUACAACAAAGAUGGCGGGUCCAGCGGCCCUCCGAGCACAUCUGGGGCAGUUGGUACGAGUUCGGAACCAACUUACCUGAUGGAGCAUUUGGCGACGUUUACUGUGACGAUUGAAACUGGCAUAGUUUAUCCCGCCGACGGAAUGAGGAGGCUCCUUCAACUUGAAAAGAGCAAUGGUAUAUGGAGUCAGAAAAUGCAGCUACGUCUGGAGAGGUCGUGGGUUUUGAUAAUGGACAACGAGACCGGGGCAGUAAUGGAGAGAUUCCCAGCCUCAUUGAUACAGGAACCAACCGCUUUCACGUCCAGGGAUCCAAUGGAGAUGUACAACAAUAUUUUGGUAUUCACAGUUGCUGACGACAGUGUGUCUGGUCAACGUGCCGAAAUGCACAUAUUUCAGUGUCAGAGCGUCUCCGCCCAGGAUCUUGUCGAAGAUCUCAAAAUGCUGCAAAUGGGGAAAUUAGUCCCCGGUGGUUCUCCCAGAGGACCGAGGGGUCACAUUCCACCUCCACCGACUCUCCCUCCUCCGGAACCUCCGUUGAACGGUGUUAAUGUUCGCGAACAAGUUUCGGCAUUCAAUGCAGCAAACAAUGACGGAACGAACGACAUGUCGCGAGAAGAGAACAUCGACGAGGUGUCCUCGACGUCUUCGGAAAAGUACGAAAGGGACGUGACAAUACUGAACCACUGUUUCGACGACAUAGAAAAGUUCAUAGCGCGGCUUCAGCACGCGGCGGCGGCGUCUCGUGAGCUGGAACGUCGUCGCCGGAAUCGUAAAUCGAAGAAGAGGAACCUCGGCGACGGUAUGCUGACGAUGCGCGCCAAGCCGCCACCGGAGAUGGAGUUCAUAGACAUAUUCCAAAAGUUCAAACUCUCGUUCAACCUGCUCGCCAAGCUCAAGGCGCACAUUCACGAUCCCAACGCUCCAGAGCUCGUCCACUUCCUAUUCACCCCGUUGGCGCUGAUCGUCGACGCCUCUCACGAUACGAACUACGACCCAAACCUCCCGAACAAGGUGGUGUCCCCCCUCCUGACGCGCGAGGCCGUCAACCUGUUGAUAAAUUGCGUGACGAGCAAAGAAACGGAGCUCUGGCACUCCCUCGGUGACACGUGGCUGAUACCCAGGGACCAGUGGAAGGGCCACGUGCCUCUUUACCACCCCAUAUUCAUGGACGGCUGGUCUCCAGAGUACCCGAUACCGGAAGACCGGGACCACGACCAUCUCGCCUCGCUGCUGAACGCGGACAAGCAGAAGAGGGACGAGAUCCCGGAGCAGCAGAACCUCGGGGAGCCCUACUACAACCACCGGGAUGUCGACGAGUCGCACUACAGUAGCGACUACCUCGAGUACGAGGGCGGCAGGGAGGAGCGUCCGAGCAACGAUUACUUCGAGCGGAAUUACGGGCCCGCCUCUGACCUCUACGGCCGUGAGGACAGGGAAAGAGUCGAGCAGACCAGGGCGCACAGCGAGAUAUCCCUCGACUCGAUCGAACGCGGUUCCCGCGGUGUGCCGGUCGAGCAGCGCGCGCAGGAAGCUUGGCUUGACGAGCUGGUGGCGCGACACGCGAAGAUCGUCCAGGUUACCUAUCCCCGGACCGCGAACAACGACAAAGAGCUGACGGUCGUUAGGGGUGAGUACCUCGAGCUCCUCGACGACAGCAGAAAGUGGUGGAAGGCCAGGAAUUCGAAAGGGCAGAUCGCCCACGUGCCUCACACCAUCGUCGCGCCUCACAACAGCUCGACGAAUCAGCCUGCCGGCGAUAACGACGUCUUCAAUAACCCGCUGUACACCAGCAGGUAUCAACGGCAGGGACACGGAUACAAUUACGAGGACUCUGAAGUCGAGGGUACCAGCACCAGUCCGGGACCUGACCCCUCGCAUCGUCCUCAUGCCAUACCGCCUCCGGCCCCCGCUGACUGGGUUCGAAAAGAACGACUCGGAAAAAAAGCGUCAUGUCUGCCGAUACCUUCGCUUCGAAUUGUUGCUGCAAAAAUUUUUUUACCGCUUCCUCCGACAAGAAGUGACACGACUGCGAUUCCAACCCCCAACGUCUACACACCAGUGAAAACACGUCUGCGACAGGAUGAAAAUCUCUACUUUUAUGGUAUUGCAGCAGAUUCGAGCACGUCGAGUGGCAGCCUCAGUGUCGACGAUCUGUCGAGUAUUUCACCCCAAAGUUCGCAGUCGAAGGCCAGCACUAUGCGUCGGAGCGACGAAUCUAGUCUCGCGUCAAAUUCAGAUUCAUUUUCCAAGGCGCCACCACCCCCACCUCCUCCGCCACCAUUGCCUUUGCCAAUGUCAAAGAGGUCCACUGGUGAUCCUCCAAGUUUUAGUAAAAGUGGGACGUCCAAGAGUAACAAAUCGGUUGGACCAGGACUCAGCAGCCAAGACCAAAUGCAAGAAGAGCUCAAAUACGUCCUGACAAUGUUUCGCGAAAAGAGACGGAACUUAGAUAUCGUGAAGACGCCGGAUGUGUGUAUCGAUAAUCGCUCUACACCUAGUGAAGUUCAAAGCUGGCUGAGAGCUAAAGGAUUUUCAGAUAAAACCUGUCGGCAGCUCCGAGGGAUGGCUGGUUACGAGUUGUUCAUGUUAUCGAAGCGUCAACUUGAGCAAUAUUGCGGACAGGUAGAAGGCAAGCGACUGGAUAGUCAAAUCACUUUGUCUCGUAAUGUAAGAGGGUACAAGACGGCGCGAUCCAACGAACUGAAACAAAUUUUGGACAAAGUACGCCAAAGAGUUGACGGUGACGAAGAAUUGCGGAACGGAGUAAAAAACAACGUGUGAAUUAUUCCUUUGCCUUCGAACUUCUAAUCAAUAAUAAUUACCUCUCGAUAUGUAUCGAUGAUAUGUAAAUACAUUUGUACAUAUUCGGCCACACACUUCUAUUCGGUGUAGAACCAAUAAUCGAAUUCCAUGUACAGCUACAAUCAAUUUGCAUUCGCAACCAUAAAUAGUAUUAUAGUUAAUGAAAAUAAUUCAAUAUCACAAGUCAGUAAGAAUAACAGAUUUUAAUAUUCUUAUAUUCCUGUUAGCACUAUUUUGUUGUUAUCGUUAUUUAAAAAUUUUUAAUAACUUUAAGUCCGUAAGAAUUUAAACUAGAACGUACCGAUCAUCAUGCAUGUAUAUACAAUUCUUUCCAGUAAUACCAUAAAUACAUCAAUUCAAUAAGUAAUGUGAAUUUACUUGAAUAUGUUGGAAAUUGAAGAAAAACUCAAAUAUUACCGUAACUUAUACGAAACUACACGUAUCAGUUAUCACUGCAUAGUCCCGAUUAUUAUUCCUUUUUCAUUUAUUUAAAGCAAUACCAUAUACAUUGUAACAGAUAU